UGGGGCGGGCCCCGCCCCGGAAGUGCGCGCUGUGGGCGGUGCCGCGCGGACCCGGAAGUGCUUGUGCCGGCCGACGCGGGCUGGAGCGACUGCACUCGUGAGGCGGCCAGGAUGAAGUUCGCUUAUCGGUUUUCAAAUUUGCUGGGUACGGUUUACCGGCGUGGGAACCUAAAUUUUACCUGCGAUGGAAAUUCAGUUAUCAGUCCCGUGGGCAAUAGAGUCACUAUAUUUGACCUUAAAAACAACAAAUCUGACACACUGCCCCUGGCCACUCGGUACAACGUCAAAUGCGUGGGGCUGUCCCCGGAUGGGCGCCUUGCUAUCAUCGUGGAUGAAGGGGGCAAUGCACUGCUGGUCAGCCUGGUCUGCAGGUCUGUGCUGCACCACUUCCACUUCAAGGGAUCUGUGCACAGCGUGUCCUUCUCCCCCGAUGGCAGGAAGUUUGUUGUCACAAAGGGCAACAUUGCCCAGAUGUAUCAUGCCCCCGGGAAGAAGCGGGAGUUCAAUGCCUUCGUUCUGGACAAAACCUGUUUUGGGCCUUAUGAUGAGACCACCUGCAUCGACUGGACGGAUGACUCCAGGUGCUUUGUGGUGGGGAGCAAAGACAUGUCCACCUGGGUGUUCGGAGCGGAGCGCUGGGACAACCUCAUCUACUACGCACUGGGGGGGCAUAAGGAUGCCAUCGUGGCCUGCUUCUUUGAAUCCAGCAGCCUGGACCUGUACUCACUCAGCCAGGACGGAGUGCUGUGCGUGUGGCAGUGCGACACGCUCCCUGAGGGCCUGCGAUUGAAGCCGCCUGCGGGCUGGAAGGCAGACCUGCUGCAGCAGGAGGAGGAGGGGGAGGAGGAGGACCAGGACGGGGACAGAGAAACCACCAUCCGGGGAAAAGCCGCUCCGGCUGAAGAGGAAAAGACAGGAAAAGUGAAGUACUCACGGCUGGCCAAGUAUUUCUUCAAUAAAGAAGGAGAUUUUAACAAUCUAACAGCUGCUGCAUUUCACAAGAAGUCUCAUCUCUUGGUCACUGGCUUUGCUUCUGGAAUCUUCCAUCUUCAUGAGCUGCCGGAAUUCAACCUCAUCCACUCGCUGAGCAUCUCAGAUCAAAGCAUCGCCUCAGUGGCCAUCAACAGCUCUGGGGACUGGAUCGCCUUUGGCUGUUCAGGUCUGGGCCAGCUGCUGGUGUGGGAGUGGCAGAGCGAGUCCUACGUGCUCAAGCAGCAGGGCCACUUCAACAGCAUGGUGGCCCUGGCCUACUCGCCUGACGGACAGUACAUCGUGACCGGCGGGGAUGACGGCAAGGUCAAAGUGUGGAACACCCUCAGUGGCUUCUGCUUCGUCACUUUCACGGAGCACUCCAGCGGGGUGACUGGUGUGACCUUUACUGCCACCGGCUAUGUCGUGGUGACCUCAUCCAUGGACGGGACCGUGCGAGCCUUUGACCUUCACAGGUACCGAAACUUCCGCACCUUCACCUCCCCACGCCCUACCCAGUUCUCCUGUGUGGCGGUGGAUGCGAGUGGGGAGAUCGUCUCCGCGGGGGCGCAAGACUCGUUUGAGAUCUUUGUGUGGUCCAUGCAGACAGGCAGGCUCCUUGAUGUUUUGUCCGGACACGAGGGGCCCAUCAGUGGUCUGUGUUUUAACCCACUGAAGUCCAUCCUGGCCAGUGCCUCCUGGGACAAGACGGUGCGGCUGUGGGACAUGUUUGACAGCUGGAGGACCAAGGAGACACUGGCCCUGACCUCUGACGCCUUGGCUGUGACUUUUCGCCCCGAUGGUGCGGAGCUGGCUGUGGCCACGCUGAACUCACAGAUCACCUUCUGGGACCCCGAGAACGCAGUGCAGAGGGGCUCCAUCGAGGGCAGGCACGACCUGAAGACGGGCAGGAAGGAGCUGGACAAGAUUACAGCCAAGCACUCAGCCAAGGGGAAAGCCUUCAGCACCCUGUGCUACUCCGCAGACGGCCAGAGCAUCCUGGCGGGAGGCAUGUCCAAGUUUGUGUGCAUCUACCACGUCCGCGAGCAGAUUCUCAUGAAGAGGUUCGAGAUCUCUUGUAACCUGUCCCUGGACGCCAUGGAGGAAUUUUUGAACCGAAGAAAAAUGACAGAGUUUGGCAACCUGGCACUAAUUGAUCAAGACGCUGGGCAGGAGGAUGGAGUGGCGAUACCACUGCCAGGCGUCAAGAAAGGUGACAUGAGUUCUCGGCACUUCAAACCCGAGAUCAGGGUGACCUCAGUUCGCUUCUCUCCCACUGGGCGCUGCUGGGCGGCCACCACCACGGAGGGGCUCCUCAUCUACUCCCUGGACACGCGCGUGCUCUUUGACCCAUUCGAGCUGGACACCAGCGUCACCCCCAGGCAGGUGCGCGAGGCGCUGCGCCGGCAGGACUUCACCCGGGCCAUCCUCAUGGCCCUCCGGCUCAACGAGAGCAAGCUGAUGCAGGAGGCCCUGGAGGCGGUGCCCAGGGACGAGAUUGAAGUGGUCAGCUCCUCCCUUCCUGAAUUGUAUGUGGAGAAAGUGCUUGAGUUCUUAGCUUCCUCCUUUGAAGUGUCUCGCCACGUGGAAUUCUACCUUCUCUGGACUCAGAAACUGCUCAUGUUGCAUGGACAGAAGCUGAAGUCCAGAGCCGGGACCCUGCUGCCUGUGAUUCAGUUCCUCCAGAAGAGCAUCCAGCGGCACCUGGACGACCUGUCGAAACUGGCACAUUGCUAUGUAAAGUGAUGGCAUCACUUUUCUGCUUUAUUUCGUUAACUCAGGAAAUUCACUGAUUCAGAGUGCCUUCCUCCCCUCCCGUUCCAAAACACCGCAUUGCUCUGCAAGAGCGGUCUCCUCCUAAGUGUUUGGUGGAACUUGCUGGUGAAGCCAUGUAGACUGGGCCCAGUGGAAGGGCCAGAAGGGAUGGGAUGUUCCAGUUGGGUCCUUGAAGGUCCUUGCUGCCCCGGGCCGGAAGGGGCAGAACCAGAUUGCUGGGGCAGGGAAAAGGGGAAACAAAUAGCUGCUGGGGAGGGACCAGCAUGUCCAGCCCCCGCCGCUUUUCUCAGGAGUCGCAGAGAAGGGGUUGGGUUCAGGACAGACCGAGGCCCGGUCGUUGCCGGCACUGACCCUUCCCUAUGUGUGAUUGACAGCUGUGGCUGGAACCGCUAUAACAUGCAGUACGCACUAGCAGUUUCCCAGCAGCGUGGCACAAAACGCCCCCUGGAGCCACUGGGAAGUGAGGAGGAGGAGGCAGAAGCAUCUGAAGAGGACAGCCUGCAUCUGCUCAGAGGAGCAGGCAGAGACUCGGAAGAAGAGUUGCUGGCCUAGAGCCGGCCAGCUGCAGCACAGAUUGUGCUGGCUAAGACCUGCCAGGGACAUGGGACCAUCAUGCCACCUGGGCCAGCAAAGAGGAGGGGUCCAGAGAGCAGCUGAAAUACUGUCACUGGUGAUAGGGACUUGCUUUUCUGCAACGGAAACAUGAAGCUCAUCAGGACAGCGAGCUGACGGGCCAUACUAGGGGCCGGCAUGCACUGGCACCGGCACCAGGAGCGGGGUUGUGUGAACAGUGAGGAAUUCUGAAAAUGCCUCUCAGAAAGGUCAAUAGCUUCACGUGAACUUUGUAUGAGACUUAUUUAUAUCUCUAAUAUAAAGGUUUGAUAAAGGACUUAGAGAUAAAAAAGAUGGGGUUUUCUAACAUGUGAAGAUUAAGUCUACACUUCAAAUUAAAAAGGCUUAUGUUGAA